AUGGAUGACCGCGACGCCGAGGCCGUCGAGGCGCUCGGUCGCGUGCGCGUCGUCUCUGGCCCCUCCUCUCCCCUCCUCUCCUCCCUCUCUGGUCCGCCUUCACCCCCAUCCCUCAAGCCAUCGCUGAAGCGCUCGUCCACCUCGCCCGCAACUCUCGACACGCUCUUCUCACCCGCGUCACCUCGCCCCAGCGUAAAGUUCGACCUCCCCUCUCCCGACUUGGGGUCUGGAGGGUCUCACUCAUCAUCGCCCGGACCGAGUCGGCGAAAUAAAGACUCGCCAGCCCUGGUCCCGCAGUUACCGCUUGCGUGGGACGAGGCGCUCGCGAGCUUUGACUCGCUUGCGCGGUGUGUAUAUGAGCGCAAGGAUCUGGGGUUGAGCCGCGAACAGGAUGAUAUGAUGGUGUGCGACUGUUCUUAUGAUCCUGACGAUCCGUUCAGCGCUUGCGGACACGACUCGGACUGCAUCAACCGUGCCAUCUUCAUCGAAUGUCUUGCCAAGGAGUGUAGGACCGGCAAGCACUGCCAGAACCAGCGGCUCAACCGGCAUCAAUAUGCACCCGUCGACAUUGUCCUAACGGAGAAGAAGGGCUACGGUCUGCGCGCACGUGAAGAUAUCCCUGCGGGGAGCCUCAUCUACGAGUACAUCGGUGAGGUGGUCGUCGAGAAGACGUUCCGAGAGCGCAUGGCCGCGUACGCAGCCGAGGGUAUCAAGCACUUCUAUUUCAUGAUGCUCCAGAAGGAAGAGUACAUUGACGCGACGAAGAAGGGCGGCAUCGGUCGCUUUGCCAACCACUCAUGCAAUCCCAACUGCGAGGUGCAGAAGUGGGUUGUCGGGCGGCGCAUGCGCAUGGGCAUCUACGCCAAGCGCGACGUGAUCAAGGGCGAGGAGGUUACGUUUAACUACAAUGUCGACCGUUAUGGACACACGGCCCAGCCCUGCUACUGCGGCGAGUACAACUGUGUCGGCACGAUCGGUGGUAAGACCCAAACGGACGUUGGCGGCAUGGACGACCUUCUCCUCGAUGCUUUGGGUAUCUUGGACGACGUGACAGCUGGCGGCAUGAAGGGCAGCAAAAAGAAGAAGUCCCGGCAGCUCGACAUCGACUACAUCCCCGUCUUGAGACCCAUCGAGCUACCAGAAGCACCCAAGGUGUCGGCGGCAAUUCGCCAGUCAUUAGAGCACAUUCCCGUGUUGACCAAGCUUCUCGACCGUGUCAGGAUGACCGACGAGCCUGCUGUUCAUCGCCAGCUCAUGCGUCUACACGGCUUCGGCAUCAUGACGAUCAUCCUCACGGACCAGGCGAACGAUCGCGACAUCGUCAAGCUCGCAUUGGAAUGCCUGGACAAGUUCAAGUCGACCAUGACGUAUCGCAACAAGGUGGAGGACUCGGGCAUCGAGGAUGUCAUCAAGGUCCUCGCAGACGGCGGCGAUGAGCAGCUAGCGACUGUGGCGAAGGACCUCUUGGACUUCUGGUCGACGCUCGAGAUGUCGUACCGCAUCCCACGUGUCCAGAAGUUACAGUCGUUGGACGAGGACGACAACCAGAACACGACGACCAUUGCCGACCACGAGGCCAUGCCACGACGCCAUUUCCAAGUCGACGACUUCAUCAACACACAGACCGUCUCGUUCAAGGCUGCUCCCAUCCGCCCCGUGUUCUUUGCUCCACCAAUACGGCAUCGCCUGCCACCUCCGCCGCCUCCACCAAAGCCCGUCGCGCCGGCACAUGUCGUUGAGCGCUCGAAGCUCGAUGCCAUCAUCGCCAUGGCCGCCGCAAGUGCGCAACCUGGGGCUGCGCCUGUCGCUUUAGACACCAGCAGUGGCCCACCACGGGUGGAGGAAGAGCCCAGAAAGCGGCAGAAGACGGCCCAUGUCCUGACGCCUGAGGAGGAGUGCAAGAAGGAGAAGCGCUUGACCAAACUCGUUGGCGACGUGGUCGUCAGGACCAUGUCCAAGUACAAGGACCAGAUGGACCACGACACCUUCAAGCGCUACGCCAAGGAUUGCACCUCAACCCUGGUAGAAAAGGAGAAGCGGGGUCGUUCUUACGCGUCACACAGACAUCCUCAACUGUCAGACGAGAAAAAGGCCAAGAUCAAGUCCUUCACCAAGGACUUUGCACACAAGCUCCUGCGCAACCUCAAGUCCAAGGGCAAGCUGCGCCGGACUGCCUCCUCGUCGUCAACACGCUUGACGGACCACUCGCCAAACACGCCGGCCAUGACGCCAUCGCACAUGGCCCUGACGCCGUGGGACACGCCAGCCAAGGGCGAGAGUUCGGCCGCGAGCGUGGCGACUUCGACACCACGGGGGAGCAUCACCGGUGACUCGCUCCUGACCGAAAUGUUUGGCGAGGACGACGAGAUCGACGAGAUCGAUGACGGGGGUGCGCCGUCACUCGCACCUGACGCGACGCCCUGGACGUCCACGCACGACGUGAAUACGCCUCCACCCGUCAGCCCGCACGUGAACGGAAGUGCGGUGCUUGAGCGGCAGGGAUCGGACAAGCCCGUGGUCGUCGACCAUGCGAGCGGACCAUUUCUUGCACGGGGUCCGGUGCUCGUGGACCGCUUCGAGGGGUUCAAGAGCAGCCGGCGGGGCAGCUAG